CCAUAUGGUCGUGCAGCAAUUUCUGUUUAAAGUUCUGCUACUAUAUUUCAUCAGUGGGAACAUGGGUGUAGAUCCUCAAGAUAGCAACCGAGGCUGUUAUACAAGCUACGAGCAGAAUGUUGGUAUGUUUCCGGACUCCCAUAAAUUAGCACAAAGACAGUUCAGGAGUUUUGAGAGUUGUCAGGAAUGGUGUGAUGCUAAUCCCCGCUGUGAAGGAGUAGCCGUGAGUCCCGCGUAUUGGGCUUACCGAGAGUGCUUUCUGGUGGGCACUACGCACAUAACAGCAAGAAGUAGAUGGACUGCGAGUUCUCUAACUGAUUGUGAGGAAGUUGAAUCAGUAAACAAACAAGUGAAGAAAGGCUCAUAUACAACAAUAUCCUGUGUUAUCACUGGGAUAACGGAAAGAGCAACAGUGACUUGGCGAACUAGUACAGGACCAGUUCCAAAUGAAAAGUUCACCCCUGUCCAAGGAAUCCAUUCUGGAGGAACACAAACAUCAACUCUUGCUGUAGACGGAACUCUUGUGAAUGAAAAUACUGCCUACACUUGCAGAGUGACUUCUGGUUCUUUACCUGAUUCCAGCCAUUCGGAUACCACCGUCAAUCUUAACGUAUAUGACGUUGAAUCAGUAAACAAAGAAGCGAAGAAAGGCUCAGAUACAACAAUAUCCUGUGUUAUCACUGGAUUGACAGAAACAGCAACAGUGACGUGGCGAACUAGUACAGGACCAGUUCCAGAUGAAAAGUUCACCCCUGUCCAAGGAAGCCAUUCUGGAGGAACACAAACAUCAACUCUUGCUGUAGACGGAACUCUUGUGAAUGAAGAUACUGCCUACAAUUGCAGAGUGACUUCUGGUUCUUUACCUGAUUCCAGCCAUUCGGAUACCACCGUCAAUCUUAACGUAUAUGAAGUUGAAUCAGUAAACAAACAAGUGAAGAAAGGCUCAUAUACAACAAUAUCCUGUGUUAUCACUGGAUUGACAGAAACAGCAACAGUGACGUGGCGAACUAGUACAGGACCAGUUCCAGAUGAAAAAUUCACCCCUGUCCAAGGAAUCCAUUCUGGAGGAACACAAACAUCAACUCUUGCUGUAGACGGAACUCUUGUGAAUGAAGAUACUGCCUACACUUGCAGAGUGACUUCUGGUUCUUUACCUGAUUCCAGCCAUUCGGAUACCACCGUCAAUCUUAACGUUUAUGACCAAUGCACGGCAGCCAGUAAAGGAAUAUUUCUAAGCGAAGGGAAGGGACUCAACAUCACUUUUACACUUCCGGACUCAAAUCUUGUCAACAUCACCAAGGAUGGUGUCCUGGUUGAAGGAGAUCUGUUCACAGGAGUAAACAACGUAUACUCCUUCAUCAAGACCUCAGUAGAAGCUGGAGAUGCUGGAGUCUAUAAGAUGAACCAUGAGACUAUUAAAGAACCUGCUAGUUGCUUCUCUGUUCUCAUUGUGGCUGUACCGACAAAAGUAGAAAAGAUAAGGCUUACUGACAACAUAGAAGGGAGUCUGAAAUUCGGAAGUAACGAGUUCUCCAAGAUAGUGGAACUGCUACCAGAUCUUGAGAAAAUGAUGGAGUAUUUACGUUAUAGCAUCUCCCAAGGGACCACAGACUACGGUGAGCAAGAUCCCACGGUUACGAACUUCACAGAGAAUGAUGGUUUUGAGAUCAGAGGAAAAUCUUACACCUUGAACCCUGAUAAAGUUGAUCUCAUUUAUGAUUCUUCUGGCUCUGAGAUAAAAGAAUUCGACGUCAGCUUUAAGAUUACCGUUUCAACUGAAUGUUCUCCACAAAAAACACGUUGUAAUGGUGAACCUGAAUGCGAUGACUUUUCUGAUGAGAAAGGAUGUUCUACCAGAGGAGCAUAUUCAAAGAUGGCUUUGAGACCAGAAAUACAAGCAAUUAAGUUUCCCUCUCCGCUCGAGGACCAUACAGUUUGUUUUUUUACUUUCGGCCAGAUAGGAAUGUCUGCCUCAAUGAAAAACGAUGUAAGCCAAGGAUUGGAGAUUAACAAGAAAGGACAUUAUUGUGUAGUCGUUCAGAAUUUGAAAGUCACGACGUAUAUCUACGGUUCUACAUUCGUGAAGGACGGAUCAGAUGUCGAUGUUGAUACAAGCGUACAGGAAUGGAUCAUGAACGAAGGGAACAACAUUAAAAACAUUAUAGUCUACAAUAAGGUAUUGACAGCUACAGAGAUGGUUCAGUACAUUACCAUGUGUGGUCAGGAAGGCUACCCAGCUGCAGCAGACCUGUUCAUGGACCAUCACUUUCUCGUUACCUUCCUUAAAGCAAUGAGUAGUGGCGAGCAAAUGAGUUAUGUGGUUCUAUCUUCAAUGUGUGCAGAGACAGCAACCCCCACCGGUAAAGUAGACCUUGUGACCACAUACUUGUGUGACAGUGGAAAAACAAUCACCAACCACUGUGAGAGUGAGAGUGACAGUUACUGUGACGACAGUAACCAAGAGGAAGAGUGUCAAUAUUUUAAAUCAGAGACAGUGGCGUUGGCUAGAAAUACUAAUGGUGAUACACAAUGCACCAGAUCUACUAUAGUAAACGAAUAUAAUAAUCGUCUGGGUGUCCAAGCUAUAUCCUCAGCAAAUGCAUUCAUUCAAGAUUGCACGACGUCCACUUGUACGACCAAAGCUUAUCUUGAAGAUCUAAUGGCUGAAACUGAUAAUGUUUGGGCAAAUGAAGAUAAGAUGACCUACACGAACUGGACAGCAGCUAUCAAUACUGCGGAGGGUAACCGACCAGUCCACCUUAACAGAGAUGGCAGUUGGGAGGUGGAGGAGGAUACACUAUCUGACAAGGGAACAUUGCUCUGUGAUGUUGGUGAAUCUAACAGUGGUCGCGCACAAAAGGCGUUGAAGUUAGGACUCGACUCUGGAUACUCGCAGUUAAAAAUAGAAAAAACGUCAGUAUUAAACAAGCUCACUAUGUGCUGGGCCGCCUCUGGAAGUGGAGUUUUACUUCAGUAUAGUGGUCUUUCCUCUAUAUCUGGACAAGACAUUUACAUAGCAACCGAAACGAUCAACUUGCGCAUCUAUCUGACUGUCUACAUAGCUGGGUUUCCUGAGUACUUUGACCUGGACGCUACUAAAAUUGGAACCUACUUCUGUCUUAGAUGGGAGAAAAUAACAGGAAGGAUAGAUCUAGCUGUUAAUGGGAAACUGAUUGUCGGCAAAAACACCUAUGCAAGCAGCAGGAAAAUCAACCUGCCCACCUCCGGUAUAAUGGUUGUUGGGGCUGGGAUAAAAACCAAACCGGCCUUCUUAGUGGACACAGAACGUCGCUGGUCUGGUCAGAUCAAUAACUUGGUUAUUUGGAAUAGGUUUUUCAACCCGCUCAUGCUACAAAAGACUUCUGAGAGGAUGAUAUGUGAUAGUGUCAGCAAGGCUGAGGCUUGGUUAACGUUUGAAGAGAUUAUUGCUGGAUCCAUUAAUCAUGUGAUGUAUUCCAGUUUCGUGGAAACUGCGGAAACGUGUGGUGAUCAGGGCCCUCAAAGACGUAAGCGGCAAGAUGAAGAAGGAAGCUUGAGUGAAGAAGAUUCCGUAAUUGAAGUCUCCAAAAACAGUAUCCGAAUAAACUACUCCCUCUACUACGUCGAACCGGGCUCAAUUUCAAAAUGGGCGACCUCAACUGAGGAUGGAGUGACUGUUAAUAUUGAAAGGAAGGAUAUGACUUAUUCUGUUAGACGGCUCAAUGAAAGAGGAAACAUCAAACUGCACCCCCUAUCUACGCUGUGCUUCUCUGGUAGAUCCUUAAAAGACGACACCGCUUACAAUGUGGACGUUUCUGCUCACAGCACUGGUCUGACAACGCUACAAGUGGGACAGCAAACCCUCUCCGUUAGCUCAGGAACUCCAGGGAAAUCAACAGCAGAAAACGUGUUUCCAGUAGGAAAUAAGAUCUGUAUCACAAAUGUUUUAUCUCCCUCCGACUAUGCUCCUUUAGAUGGUUAUAUUGAAAGUAUAACCUACUGGACACCUGACGAUGCGACUACAAUAUCGUGUCCCAGUGAGAAUGAGCUAUUAGAGGAUAAGGGUGCCCUUGUCUGGCCUGCUACUUUACAAACUGGUGUUGUGUCUACCACUUGCCAAUAUGGGAACGCAGCUGACUACAAAAAGAUCGGUCUUGCAACACGAACAUGUGAACCAAAUGGAUGGUCUAGUGAGCGUGACACCUCAGCCUGUGCUGUUAAGUACACCAUCAGUUCAGCGGAAGCAAAGGAGUAUUUUAACGAUAUCACUGAUAUCACCGAGGAAAACGUUGACGAGUUCACUAAUACUAUCAACCAGGUGGUACAAGAGAAAGAGGAAGUGUCUUUGGAUACGAUGAUAAUAGCUUCUGAUGCCUUAGAACAACUUUCAGCAUCAUCCGACGUGAAGAUUAGUGAUGCUACCAUGACAACUGUUGUUGAAGUUGCAAACACUAUUAACUUGAAUAGUGAAGGAGAGAAAUCAAAGGAUAAGGCAGAAGAAGCAAAAACUGCAGCCAAGAUUGUAGAGUCAGUAGCAAAUCUAGCAGCAAAGGUAGAACUACCAGAGAACGUGAAGUUUGUUUCCAAGACCAAGUCAGUGAGUGUGGCUGCGUUUAAACCUCCUGCAGUUUCGUCAAGUAGUGAAGGGGCGGAGGGAUCUGGAGAUAUAACCGCUAGUUUUCAAGAUGAUGUCGACGGAACUAAUAUCGACAUCUCAACGGGUGACAAUGAGAAUGAGAAAACUCCAAGGAGUGUGAUAAAAAUCAAAAGGGAUCAAGUUGGAAAUGGUAAAAAUGUCUGGUUCACCAGCUACCAAAAGAGCAGCACUCUGUUUGUCUCGGACACGAACUUUGAUCUUGAUGGUCAGAUUAUUGGUGCAGGUAUCGGAGAAGAGAGUACAAAGUUUGAAAAAGGUAAAGGAGUUCUUAUGACAUUUUAUACGAAUGAAGACCGAGAAAAUACUAACGCACUUUGUCAGUAUUGGGACAUGAAAGAUGGAGUCGGCAGUUGGAGCUCGGAGGGGAUGACAUUUGUAAACAAGACAGACACAACUAUUAUGUGCGAGGCAUCCCAUCUCACCAACUUUGCUAUCCUCAUCAAUCCUAGCAAUACAUAUUUCACUGGUGCACAAGAGCUCACACUACAGAUAAUAACAAUAGGAGGAUGUAUUCUAUCUAUAAUCGGUCUACUAGCCACUAUCAUAGGACUUGCUGUUUUUAAACAGAUAAGAUCAGUGUUGACCAACAGAGUACACAUAGGACUGUCUGUAUCUCUCCUCCUUGCUUAUAUCUUCCUGCUUAUUGGACCUGAUCUUGUUGCAGAUGAGGGUGUUUGCUACUUCUUCUCGAUCCUGGUGCACUUCUGCUUCCUGUCAGCGUUCUGCUGGAUGCUGUGUGAAGCUAUCAACCUGUAUCUACGACUUGUUGUUGUCUUCGAUAGCUACUCUAAGAUGUUCCUCAAGUUCUCCGUCUUCUCAUUUGUUACCCCUCUUACUAUUGUUCUGAUAACGGUGAUAGUCGAGUUUGCGGGUAAUAAUGGAGCAUACAUAGUGGAAAAUCCAGCCAGUGGAGUUCGAGUAGUGUGUUGGUUGGAUUACCAAGCGAGGAUGGCUGCAUUUAUGCUACCCCUCCUCCUCAUCCUCUGUGCUAAUUUCGUGGUCUUUAUCCUGGUUAUGAGAGUCCUGUUUGCUAGCAAAAAGAGUGCUACCGCCAUCAACAAAACCCAGUGGUUGGCCAGGCUCAGAUCCGCUGUUGCUGUGUCAACCCUCAUUGGGUUGUCGUGGAUACUAGGAUUCUUCGCUCUGGGAGAGGCUAGCUUCGCUAUCAACAUUAUCUUUGCUCUGUGUAACAGUUUACAGGGAGUCCUCAUAUGUUAUUUAUACUGCUUUGCAAAGAACGACGUGAUGACAAAAUGGCGGUCUACUAUUCAGACUAGCUUUGGUAAAUCAAGUAAAGACGCAAGCGGAUUUUCAACCUCUCACUCAGGAGCCCCCAGACCCCAGAACAGGUUCAACACCGGUGCUAACACGAGCAAGACCACGUCUCUCGCACUCUCAAGCUCCAACACUACCAGUGUGACUGUUCCAAACACUGAGAAGAACGGCACGGGCAAAUUCGCUAAUGUUUACUCCAAUGAGGUAUCAAUCUCCCUGAACGAGGUGAAGGAGAAAGAGCCCCACUACCACCAAGAAGAUCCAGUCUACUCUGACAUCCCCCAAUCUGACCACGAGGUUGAAGAUGACCACAUCUACGAAGACUUUGUACCUGACACACGCCCCGUCUUGCGGAGGAGAGAUGAGCAGCCCACACCUGAAGAGGAGGAAAAGAGGAAGACCAUCACCCUGUCCAGGAACCUGCAGGGACAGCUGGUCAGGGAGAAGGUUCAAACAUUUGAGGGGAUUAUCCAAGGAGCUGAGGUGGUGGUGACAUGUCCAGCAGAUAACCAGAGUGGUGGUAAGACAUGUCCUGAUCAGGGUGAUCCUAGUGCCUCGUUUCAGAUUAAAUCUGGUAGUGGCGCUUCUGGGGACAGCAAAUCUCCUUUUGAUUUGUGAGAGUUGGACUCCUGGUGGGAUGUGAGAGUUUAUCUAAUUAAUCUAAUUAAUUAGUUAAUUAGUUAAUCUAAUGAUGAUGGUUUAUCCCUCUUUGAUUUGUGAGAAUGACUCUGAUUAGUUCAGUUUAAAAACCUUUCAUUCACCUGAGACGAUACACAAUUGUAUUUGUCAGUUUACGUUUAUAGAUUUAGAAUAUUUUGAUCACAAACAAGAAAUACUGAGACACAAACAGCGUUCAAUAUUUAGUUGGUUAUGAAGAUAUUUUAACCUUAACCAUUUAUAAUGAUGUAUGAUUAUUUGGUAAUACUAAAAUACUAAUAAUUUAAAAUUAUAAUUCAAAUUAUUGGAUGUGACAAUGAAAAAAUUUAAAUAUUUUUUGUUGAACCUUACGUAAGUUUUAGCGGUGUCGUCAGUCUGUUAAAAUAUUUCCAUUCUACACUAAAUGAUUUUAGUUUCUUUUAUUAUAAUAUCAUCAAUGAAAAUAACGCCCUCAUUAAAUUUUCCUUUGAAUCAAAUAAGUAUCUAAAAUGUUAGAUUCGAUUUAAUAUUUAUGUUUUAUAUUUUACAUAACUGAAAGUAGAAAUUGUAGAUGUCAUUCAGAUGAUAGAUACUUCGACAAUUAUGGAUUUAGAUUACAUUAAUUAGUUUCUGUGUUUUGAGUAUUUGCAGUUUGGACUUACUUUUCAUGAAAUAGUUUUUAACUUUCUUUUCCAAUCGUGA